AAAUGAAGACUUCUCUGGCUGUUUUUGCUGCUCUUUUAAUGAUUGGUUGUGUGUGUGGCCAGAGAGCAAGAUCCAGGGGAGGAGCAACAAGACAACAGCCAUCAUCUGGAAUGUCAGAAACUAUGAUGAACUAUAUGAUGAUGAAGUCAUUAAUGGGUCCAGGAGGGGGAAUGUUUGGAGGUAAUAACUUACUCAGUCUGAUGAUGCUGGGAGGUGGGGAUAUGUUACCCAUGGAUGAUUUGAUGCAGAUGAUGAUGCUGAGGCGGAUGAUGGGUGGCGCUCCUGGUGGAGCUGCUGGAGGAAGAGGGGCCAAGGCCACUCAAGGUUAAAUGUCUCCUAAGAAGAUCUACAACGACGCA